CCAGCCCGUGGGAAUGGCGCAUGCGCAGGCGGGGCUGGCGGUUAAGCCAAUGAGCCCGGCGCUUGCUCUUGGCAUCCCAGCAGCGAGACAAACGAGGGAGACAGAGAGAGAGAGAGGCGAGGAAGGCUUUCUGCACAAAAGAGUGACUUGUGGGAGGCAAAAGGAAAAAAGGAACAAAGAUGUUUGGCUUCCACAAACCGAAGAUGUAUCGGAGUUUAGACGGAUGCUGCAUUUGCAGAGCGAAGUCUUCCAGUUCUCGGUUCACUGACAGCAAGCGUUAUGAAAAGGAUUUCCAAAGCUGCUUCGGUUUGCAUGAGGUCCGCUCAGGAGAUAUCUGCAAUGCGUGUGUGCUUCUGGUGAAAAGAUGGAAAAAGCUCCCAGCCGGAUCAAAAAAGAAUUGGAAUCAUGUGGUGGAUGCGAGGGCUGGGCCAAGUCUUAAAACCACACUGAAGCCCAAGAAGAUGAAAAGUCUUCCUGGCAACAGGAUGAAAAGCAAUCAGAUAAGCAAGCUGCAAAAAGAGCUGAAGCGACAUAACUCUGAUGCCCACAGCACGACUUCAAGCGCCUCUCCAGCCCAGUCACCCUGCUAUAGCAACCAAUCGGAUGAUGGUUCAGACACUGAGAUGAGCCCUGGUUCUGGCCGCACACCUGUUUUCUCUUUCUUAGAUCUUACAUAUUGGAAAAGACAAAAAGUUUGCUGUGGAAUUAUUUACAAAGGCCGCUUUGGAGAAGUCCUUAUAGACACUCACCUCUUCAAGCCGUGCUGCAGCAACAAGAAGUCUCCAGUCGAGAAGCCUGAGGCUCAAGGGUCCCAGUCUCUGACCAUCUCCAACCAGGAAGAGUGGUGACUUCCACGGCUCAUUGCAAACGCUGUAAAUGGAACCUCUUUCUCUCUUGAAAGGCUUGAAACUGACCGACUCCUCACUCUGGAGGCCUGCUAUGCUGCCAAAAGACUAGUUUCUUCCUUGGAACUGUUUUGAGGGUUUGUUUGUUUUUUACUAUGUCUGUUCCACUAAUUCAGAAUCCUAUUCAUAUCUCUUCAGAAAAGAUUGUAAAUAAUAUUUAAGAUACUCUAAAAUAGAUAGUUGAGCUGAAUGCUGCUGCACGUUAUUACUGUUCAACAUUUUUCCCUGCACAACUUCUUGCCUGAGUGACAAUGAGGUUGGUAACAUAGGUAUGUAGAGUUUAUUACUAUUAGAGAUGCAGUGCUCACAUUUGACAUGCUGAAAUGUUAGCCAGUCGUUUUUCUCUCUCUGUGUGAGAAAAAUAUUGCUUAAUGCUCUAAGGCAUGAAGUUUUGGGUACUCAGUUUUGUACAAGGCUUCCCUGCAAUGUGUAUGUUGUGAAAAUGGGGAGAGCUUACUUACUACUGAUACUUCAGCAGUGAUGUUUCACCUCAGCUAUGUGUAACAUAUUGAAAAGAACAAACUGACAAAACUUGGCUGCGGGAUUCUGGGAGCUAUCCUAAAUUAACUUUUCCAGAUUCAGAAAUGGUGUAUAUAGGAAAGGCGAGAGGAAUGGGAUCAGAUUAAGGCAAAGUUAGUAAGGCUGUUGUAAGGCUGGACGAGCCAAGGGUGGAGUGGAGGAACCCCUGACUAAAUAAUCUUUUUUGUGCAGUGUGUAUUCCACUUACAGUUUGUGGUUGAAGGCUAGAGAUUAAUCUUCAAGGGAGACAUGAUAUUUUUAAAAUCACCAUCACAAGUGUAAUCUUAGUCUUCUUUAUGUCUGUAAUAGGAUGUGGCAAAUGCACACAGUGCCAAAUCCUAGUUUCAGUACCAAAUCAUGGUUUGGGAUCAGUUCAGCCUGCAUUCUGGCACACAUAUAUAAUGUAUAAGCCUUAUUUUGGAGAUAGACAUGAUAUGUUGUCACCUCUCCCUAUAAUUCUGUUGAAUUGAUAAAAAGAGAGUAAACAUUAUCUACUAUGAGAUGCAAUGAAUGAAUUAUAUCCCAGGGUAGAUGCUAGGCAUGUGCAAUCCAUGGUUUUAAAUGGUUCUAAAGUACUUACAAAACUAAAGUUCUGGUGGUGAAAACUAGGGGGCGCUGGUGCUUUGCUUCUACAGUGUUGCUAAAGUUCUGGUGGAGAAAAUUUCAGAACUCUAACAAAACUUUCAAAAUUUCAUUAUUGGUGAUUUUUAUGACAGAACCUAUUAGGAAGUGCC